GCCGGUCACGGUCGUGUUGGCAAGCACAGAAAGCAUCCUGGUGGUCGUGGUCUUGCUGGUGGUCAGCACCAUCACCGCAUCAACAUGGAUAAGUACCAUCCCGGUUACUUCGGUAAGGUCGGUAUGCGUCACUUCCACUUGAAGAAGAACCAGACCUGGCGCCCCGUGAUCAAUCUCGACCAGAUCUGGUCUUUGGCCGGUGAAGGUGUUCGUGAAAAGUACAAGAACACCGAAAAGGUCCCCGUCAUUGACGCUCUCCAGAACGGUUACGGCAAGGUCUUGGCCAAGGGUUCCGUUAGCCAGCCCGUCAUUGUCCGCACCCGCUACGUCUCUCGUCGUGCCGAAGAAAAGAUCAAGGCCGCCGGUGGUGUUGUCGAACUCAUUGCUUAAGCUAUUCGCCCAAUGGUCACUCGGAUGUUCAAAUUAAAAAUAAAUGCUUCAUUAUAAAGCACUUGCUGAAUGCUGUAAAGUCGCAAUGAAGGACUACAAUGGAGUUCCUGUGUAUGGUGUGGAUAGCAUUUUCUCGCUAAAAAAAUAUUCACACGCAAUUUGGGCACUUUUGAAAUAGUGUGUUCCAUUUUGAAAGAUCUCUCACGGUCGUUGCGAGUAUCUUGGCAUGGAAUUUACUUGCUGUAAUCAAGUAAUGGGAUGAUGCGUGCCAUUCCUGAAAAAGGCUUGACGCAG